AUGGCUGCCCUCGCUCUACGACAAACCCAGAGUAUCCUGCGCAUCCUGCCAUUUGGCCGUUGGCAAGCACCCGCUUUCGCAGUGCCCUCGCUCGCCGCACCCAGUACAUCAUGGUCUUUGCCUUCGCUCGACUCGCUUCUCGAUCUCCUUCCCCCCUUCCUGCUUGCCGUGCCCAAGUCAAAAACAUCACACUCUCGAAAGGCGAUGAGAAGCGCGAACAAGGGUCUAAAGGACAAGCGAAAUAUCACCAAUUGCGCUGGUUGUGGGUCUGUGAAGCUCGCACAUAAUAUAUGCCCGAAUUGCUACAGCGCAGUGACGCGUGCAUGGAAAGCAAAAAACAAAGACGUCCCUGAUCUGUCAUGA